GUCAACAACAACAGCUUCAGCACGGCGCUCACCUCCCGCCGCCCGAUCACGCUGGACGACAUCGAGCCGUCCCACCGCGAGGACGUGUGGCGUCUCCUGGGCCUCCUGCCGGGGGGAGACAGGGGGGUGAAGAAGGUCGACCCUCUGCAGCACAAAGGACCCUCGAGGACCAACAAUGGCCAGGCCUCGACGGGCUUGGGGGCCACCAAAUCCCUCGAGGGCGGGGCGGCGUCGACGCGGGCAAGGGGCGGACUCAUGAGGGACAUGUCGGUGGACCUCACGAGGGACUCCUCGCCCGUCUCCUCGCUCACCUCGACGCCGCUGAAGCAGGAUGCACUAAAGGAAGCACAAGGAAAGGAAGAAGAAGGAGGGGGGCAGUGGGCCCACGGGAGCCUGCCCGCCGCCAGUCUUACGCCCCUCGAGGGCUCCGCCGUCAGCAACCACAAACACGGUGUCAGAAGGCACCAUCAGCUGGUGAGCUACACCUCCUUGCCCUUCGACGGCGCGGGGGGAGGGAGACUAGGGGGAGGGAUAGGGAGCCUGGCCCUGGACCCGACCUUCUCCCCGGCGUCCCUGCUGUGCGUGCCCGUGGCGUGCCCGGGCAAGGAGACCCUGGCGGUGCUGGCCUGCCUCGUCGACAAGACCUCGGAGAUGGAGUUCGACCAGGAGGACGUCCUGACCGUGCAGGAGUGCUUCAAAUACACCAUCGGGAUGCUGGUGAACACAUUAACAGCUGAACGUGAACACCGUCUUCGCACACAGUGUCAGGCUCUGCUCAAUGUCGCCCAGAACCUCUUCACGCACUUGGAUGACGUCACCGUCUUGCUGAGGGAGGUGAUGGCGGAAGCGAGGAAGCUGACGGAUGCUGAGAGAUGCUCCUCUUCCUCGUGGACAAGGACAACGAUCAGCUGGUGCCAAGGUCUUCGAUGGAGAGAGGAAGGAGGAG